GGUGCGAGCCAAUCGUGAGGGGCGCCGGGAGCGAGGCUCGGGGGGCGGGGCUGAGCGCCGCCGCAGCCAUUUUGGUGGGAGAGAAACAAUAGGACGGAAGCGUCGCGGGACUGGGCUGUGGCCGCAGAGUAUCCUGGCCUGUACAGACCUACGAGCAGAGAGCAGACAGACAGACGUAAGGACAGACAGUAAACGGAGGACGCGCUGGCCGCUGGACCCCGCUGCCUCCCCUUUCUCCCUGCUGCCUGUGUCCAGAGGAUGAGCCCAGCCUUCAGGACCAUGGACGUGGAGCCCCGCACCAAGGGCGUCCUGCUGGAGCCCUUUGUCCACCAGGUUGGGGGGCACUCGUGCGUUCUCCGAUUCAACGAGACAACCCUGUGCAAACCUCUGGUUCCGAGGGAGCAUCAGUUCUACGAGACCCUCCCAGCUGAGAUGCGCAAAUUCACUCCCCAGUACAAAGGUGUGGUGUCAGUGCGCUUUGAAGAAGAUGAAGACAGGAACUUGUGUUUAAUAGCAUAUCCAUUAAAGGGGGACCAUGGCACUGUGGACAUUGUAGACAAUUCAGACUGUGAACCAAAAAGUAAGCUGCUAAGAUGGACAAACAAAAAACAUCAUGUCAUAGAAACAGAAAAGAGUCCCAAGGAUUGGGUGCGCCAGCACCGGAAAGAGGAAAAGAUAAAGAGUCAUAAGUUAGAAGAAGAAUUUGAGUGGCUAAAGAAAUCUGAAGUCUUAUACUACAGUGUAGAAAAAAAGGGAAAUAUAAGUUCCCAGCUUAAACACUACAACCCUUGGAGCAUGAAGUGUCAUCAACAACAGUUACAGAGAAUGAAGGAGAACGCAAAGCAUCGAAACCAGUACAAAUUUAUCUUACUGGAGAACCUAACUUCCCGCUACGAGGUGCCUUGUGUCCUGGACCUCAAGAUGGGCACACGCCAGCAUGGCGAUGAUGCUUCGGAGGAGAAAGCAGCCAACCAGAUCCGAAAGUGUCAGCAGAGCACAUCUGCAGUCAUUGGUGUGCGUGUGUGUGGCAUGCAGGUGUACCAGGCAGGCACUGGGCAGCUCAUGUUCAUGAACAAGUACCAUGGGCGGAAGCUUUCGGUGCAGGGCUUCAAGGAGGCACUUUUCCAGUUCUUCCACAAUGGGCGGUACCUUCGCCGUGAGCUCCUGGGCCCUGUUCUCAAGAAGCUAACUGAGCUCAAGGCUGUGUUGGAACGACAGGAAUCCUACCGCUUCUAUUCAAGUUCCCUACUGGUCAUUUACGAUGGUAAAGAGUGGCCAGAAGUGACCCUGGACUCAGAUGCUGAGGACUUGGAAGACCUUUCUGAAGAGUCAGCUGAUGAGUCUGCCGGUGCCUAUGCCUACAAACCCAUUGGUGCCAGCUCAGUUGAUGUGCGCAUGAUCGACUUCGCACAUACCACCUGCAGGCUGUAUGGCGAGGACAGUGUGGUACAUGAGGGCCAGGAUGCUGGCUAUAUCUUUGGGCUCCAGAGCCUGAUAGACAUUGUCACAGAGAUAAGUGAGGAGAGUGGGGAGUGAGCUUGCUAGCUAUUCCAGUACCUGAGAGACUCUCUGUGUCCCCCCCUACAGCUGUGCUGUCGGGGAGGAGGCCAGUAUGGCCAGGUGGUGGCCUCUGCAGCCUGGAGCUGAUAGACGGUGGCCUCUGUGCCCCCCCCCCCACCCCAGCCUGAGCCAGCCCCAGCCGUGCUCAGAGUCUUUUAUUUAUUUUAACUAUUUCUUCAACAUUCCACAUUUGAUGAUGCAGAUACCUCUUUCUUCCCUGAGUGUAAAUGUUCUAAUACAGACCUUUUUGUUUAUUGUA